ACUUUUCUUUUUUUUGCAAAGGAUGUUGCUUCAAUUUUCUUCUGAGCCAUUUCCAUUUCGUUCAUCGCAAGGAAGGAACUCGCCUGAAGGGCUUUCACUUUCAGGAACUUCAAUGUCACUUCAUUCAGAUUCCUCCACCACAGAUCAGUGAAUUUGAAGUUUCUGGAACCAUUUAUGUUCUAGUUACCAGGUUAAGUUGGAGGAGAAUUCGUAUGGAUUCAGCAGUCGUCUGUGUUUGAUCGUUUGUUUUCUCGCAGAGUAGCCAAGGAAAGGAAAGGACACGAGAUUUGAUUUGAUUCUUUUGUUAAUUUGGAACUCAAUUGAUAAUUGAGUUCAGUCUGGUUCUACAGAGUUUAUUGGACUCUGCCGAAUUGCUCCAAUGGCUGGCAUCAGGAUUUUCAUUCUGAAGUCGAUUUAUACUUCCUCACGCUCUUAUUUGAACCCGUACUCAUCUCAAUCUUACAAGCCUUACACCAAAAUUUCCGAGUACGUUGACCGGGGUCUUAGACCGAGUACUGUUCUAAAUAAAAAAUGCCACAAUGAUAACUCUCGCCGCACGAAAAACACUUCGGGUACUGGUUUCCCAAGGGCAGCUUCUGUAUGUGGUUUAAAUAUCUCCAGUCACGGUGCAUAUCCCAUUGAUACAUUUUUGCCUGCAUGGUCGGUGAGAUACUGGAGAACUGUCCCUCUUACUUCACCCGGCCAUCUGUCAAAUCCUCGAUUGUAUUCAUCGGCUUCUAGCAGGAAAGCUGAUAUAACUGGAGACACUGGUGUUUCAGCAGCUUCUGCUGGUGUUGAAGCAGAUAUCAGUAACACCCAAGAUGUUGGAACUGGAAAGGAAUGGCUUGAAAGAGUUAAGGAUGUCUGGCAGAGUGCUGUAGAUGCAGCAUCUUUCACCGAGCAGAAGGCUAAAGAAGUGUCUGAUGAAUUCACUCCUCACGUAGAUAAACUCUUUGAUUCACAUCCAUACCUUAAAAAUGUAAUUGUUCCUGUGAGUAUGACCUUAACUGCUACUCUCUUGGCUUGGCUGGUAAUGCCUAGGCUUUUGAGGAGAUUCCAUAAGUAUUCAAUGCGAGGUCCCGUUGCCUUACUAUCUGGAAGCAUAUCUGUUGAGGAAAUUCCUUAUGAGAAAAGCUUUUGGGGUGCCUUGGAGGAUCCUUUGCGAUAUCUUGUUACCUUCUUUGCAUUUUCUCAAAUUGGCAUGAUGGUUGCACCUACCACUGUUGCAUCAGAAUAUGUUACACAGGCGUGUAGGGGGGCUGUCAUUCUUUCCCUUGUCUGGUUUAUUUAUCGCUGGAAAACAAAUGUGCUGUCUCGAGCAUUGGCCUCCCAGAGUUUUUCAGGGCUUGAUCGGGAAAAGUUGCUUACCCUAGACAAAGUUUCAUCUGUUGGCCUAUUUGCAAUCGGAUUAAUGGCUUUGGCCGAGGCAUCUGGGGUGGCUGUUCAGUCUAUGUUGACCGUUGGUGGCAUUGGAGGAGUGGCCGCUGCUUUUGCUGCGAGGGACAUACUUGGGAAUGUUUUAAGCGGCUUAACGAUGCAGUUUUCACAACCCUUCUCUCUCGGAGAUACAAUUAAGGCUGGUGCUAUUGAAGGUCAAGUUGUGGAAAUGGGACUAAUGACAACAUCAUUACUAAGCGCUGAAAAAUUUCCAAUCGUUGUUCCAAAUUCUCUAUUUUCUAGCCAGGUAAUUGUAAAUAAAUCGAGGGCGCAGUGGCGUGCCAUCACCAAGAAAAUUCCUUUGCAAGUUGAUAAUCUCAGUACUGUUUCUCAGAUAUCAGAUAACAUUAAGAGUAUGCUUAGAUCUCACCCAAAAGUGUUCUUGGGAAAGGAGGCUCCUUAUUGCUUUCUCUCUCAAAUUGAGAGUACAUAUGCAGAAUUGACAAUUGGUUGCAACCUUAGAAAGAUGAGUAAAGAUGAGUUAUUCUCCACGGAGCAAGAUAUCCUCCUUCAGUCAGUACAGAUCAUUAAAGAACAUGGUGCAACCUUGGGUAGCACCAUGUCUGAUUGGACGAACCAAUGAUGAUUCGAUGCACAAUUGAAAGGAGAAAUGUCACGUAAAUGGGCGACAUUUCUCAAUGCGACAGGAGAGCCAGGAGUUCAAUCAUGUCCAUUUUGAUAGAGCAACUCAUCCAUCAAUGUAAAGUUCUGAACACCACCUUACAAAAUUUCCAUGUAGAAUUCUUGUGUGUUUGUAUUUUUGGUAGUUGACAGAGAAUGGAAUGUUGGAGAUUACUGCUGGGCGCGGGCGCUGGCACAGGCAUGGACAUUUUCGUAAAGCUUAACAAGCAUUUUCGUCUGAGAUUUAACUAUUUGAUGCAAUGGAUUUCUUCAUGUUUUGACAUUAUUGUGAAUAUUUUUCUUAUUUCCAGAAAAGAAAAGGGAGAGAAAAAAAACAAAAAAAUUGUUGUGAAAACGGCAGCAGGUUUGGCCAAGAUUGUCUAAUAGCUUUUAUGUGAUCUUUGGCAA